AUGAGUGGAAAGGAAUAAUAAGGUUCAGGAAAUAUUUAGGUCGUAUGCAGAGUGAGACCAUUUAAUAAGAGUGAACUUGAAAUGGGUUCUGUUCCAUGUGUUGAAUUUCUUGAUUAGUAAACUAUUCGAGUUAAAUUGACUAAUACUGAUGGUAAAGAAAAAGCAGAUAAUAAAUAAUUAUUCAACUUUGAUAGAGUAUUUAACAUGGAAACAACAUAAGAAUAAAUUUAUGAAGUAGCUGCUAAACCAGUUGUUUAAAGUGUAUUGGAAGGAUUUAAUGGAACUGUUUUUGCAUAUGGUUAAACUUCUAGUGGUAAAACUUUUACCAUGCAAGGAGCAAGUAUUGAUGAUGAAAAGCUCAAAGGUGUUAUACCAAGAAUGGUAAAAACAGUAUUUUAGCAUAUUUCAGAUGCACCAGAUCACAUUGAGUUUAGAAUAAAAAUAAGCAUAGUUGAAAUUUACAUGGAAAAGAUUAGAGAUUUGUUAGAUAAUACUAAACAAAAUUUAGUUGUUAGAGAAGAUAAGCAAAGAGGUAUUUACAUUUAAGAUGUAACUGAGCAGUAUGUGUCAAAUGAGUAGGAUGUCUUUGAUUUACUAAGAAUAGGUAAUUAGAAUAGAGCAGUUACAGCAACAAAUAUGAAUGAAGGCAGUUCAAGAUCUCAUAUGUUGUUUAUGAUGUCAGUAUCGUAGAAUAAUUUAAAUGAUUUAAGUGCUAAAACUGGUAAAUUAAUUCUGGUUGAUUUAGCAGGUAGUGAGAAAGUUGCUAAAACUGGUGCUGAAGGUAGAGUUUUAGACGAAGCUAAGACUAUCAAUUAAAGUUUAAGUAGUUUGGGUAAUGUAAUUAAUGCUUUAACAGAUGGUAAAUCUUCUCAUAUACCUUACAGAAAUAGUAAACUCACAAGAGUUUUAUAAGAGAGUAUAGGUGGUAACAGUAAAACAACACUGAUUGUUACUUGCUCUCCAAGUCCUUUUAAUGAUUUGGAAACUCUUUCCACUCUACGUUUUGGUAUCAGAGCUAAAGCUAUUAAAAAUAAGGCUAAGGUUAACAGAGAAGUUACUGUGGCUGAGCUACAAGUCUUACUUGCAAAGAUAGAAAAAUAAUUAGAAGAGAAAACUAGGAGAGUGGCUUAGCUUGAAGAUUACAUUCAGUAGUUAGGUUCACAACUUCCCUCUGAAACUAACUUAAAUCAAUAGGAAGAUUAAACUUAAAUUAUUGAUUCUUAAGAAGAAAUUCCCUAGAAUCCUGCUUAGAUUUCAAACAUAGAAGAAAUAGUUCGUUCAAAAUUAUCAGAUGAGGAUUUAAAAAUGCAACACAAUUUAUAGGAGUAAAUUACUUAACUGUAAGAGGUUUUAGAAAUUGAAAAAAAUAAUGUAACAGUUCAAACAGAAAAAUUAAGCAUAUUAAGAAAAGAAUUUACAAAGAUUACAGCUAAAUGCAUGACAUUAGAAAAAGAAAAUGAAAAUUUAGUUUAACGACUUGCAAAUUUGAACUUAUAGGUAAGUGAAGAGAAACUAGUUAAUGAAAAUAAAGAUAAAGAAAUUGACUAAAUCCAUGAAGAAAAUUUAAAAUAGAGGGAGGAAAUGGCUAAGGAAAUAGAAAGUUUAAAGUAAAUUAAAGAUAAUUUGCUAUUGAAACUAGAAGAACAAAUGGAGUAGCUAGAAGAAUAUGAAAAGAAAGAUUCAUAGAAAAAAGCUUAGUUUUUCUUGGAAGAAUAAAAGGAAGCUGAGACUUAUAUUAUUGAGCUAAAAAAUGAAAAUAAAUUGCUUAGAGAAAACUAAAAAAAGAAAGACGAAUUUAUUUAGUAAUUGAUGUCUAUGGAAAGCCUAAGUAGUGAUGUUAAAUAAUUUAUCAACACAUUUAACCAAAGCCAAGUAGAAGUUAAUGAACCUGAAGGUGAAAUAUUCUAGGAUUUAAAAAAGAAGAUUUCUUUCUUAGAGACCUAACUUCUUGGUGAAAAGAGAUAUGGACAUGAUUUACAAAAACAAAUCAGAAGUUUCAGAAAAGAAAAAGAAAACAUGAUGCAAGAAUUCAAAUAAGAGUUGGAAAAAGAAUAAAUAAAGUAGUAAAAAAAAGUGGAAGAAGUCAAGCUAGAGUACGAAAAGAAGAUAAUUAAGUUAACUGAAGAUUUGCAGAAUAGAGUUGAUAAAGUGGUAGAACUGGAAAUAAAACUGGAUGAAAGUAGGGAACGUGAAGCAAAACUUUAAGAUUUUAUCACAUCAGAUGAAAAAACAAGAAUGAAAAAGAUAACUACCUUAGAGAAUAAUAUGUAAGAUCUUACAAAAAUGUAUUAUGAAUAAUAGUCUUAGUCAUAAAACUGGAAGGUUGAUUCUUAAGUGACUGAUAAUAAAAUACAAAGGAAAAAUGAGAGGAUCAUUGAAUUAGAAAAUGAGCUAUCAAAGACCAAAGAUGAACUCAUUCAAACUAAAGCAAAGCUGGAGUCAUUAAAAAAAUCUUUCAGCAGCUCAAUAGGCAUCGAAAGACUGAAAAACUUAGGCACUCCUAUGAAUUAACAAGCAAGAUCACCCAUUUCGUCAAGCAAUAAUUUCAGUUAAAAACUUUAGGCUGAAGAAUAAGAAGGCAAUAAUCAAUCAGGCAAAGAUAACUUUACUUAAAAUUUAAUGUAAAUUCAAGAACUUAACUUUAGCAAUAAUCUUUUGAGUGCUAAUAAAGUUGUGAAGCCUCUCCGUGGUGGUAACUAAAAAACAUCUCAAACAAGCAGCUUCUAGUUAGAAGAAUUAAAAUUCAAUUGA